AUGGGAAGGCACUCUUCUCACUCUAUAUCGCCUCAUAGAAGGUCCAAUCGCGAUCGCGUCAGGGAGGGGACUGACCGAGACAGGGAGUCGAGAACAGAAUAUCGAGAAGAAGACCGUAAACGUUACCGCAGCAGAAGCCGUGACCGAGAUGAGGUUAAGAAGGACUACACAUCUUCAAGGAGAGACAAGGACUCAAGCAAACAUAAUGAGAGGGAUAGAAGCUUUAGUCGAGACCGAGAUAAGAAAAGGCGGAAGCGCGACAAGUCGGAGGAGCGUAAAGCUAGGAAAGCAGAAAAGAAACGUAUAAAAGAGGAGGAAGAAGCUCGCCAAAUCGCCGAACUUAGUGUUUACAGCGCAACCGACAAUCCAUUUCACGAUGUCAACCUUGGCCAACAAUUUCGCUGGCACAAGAAGAAUGAAAAGGAACGCAAGCAGGGUCUCUCUCUUGCCGAGGCUCAGCGGAAAGACGCUAUCCGGAAACAGGAAGCGAAAGAGGAACUGGAACGGUUAAACAAGCGUCGUGCCGAACGAGAGGUGGAACAGAGACUACGAGAGGAAGAGGAGAUGAGAAUGCAGCGUUUGCAGGAAUCUGCCCAAAUGUCGGACUGGCUGUCCAAGGAGGGCGACUUCCAAUUAGAGCAGGAGCGAUCGCGAGCUGCAAUCAGGAUCAAAGAGAAGAGAGCAAAAGCUGUGGAUUUCUUGGCUCUGAAUCUCAAGUAUGUCACUCUGGAUGAUGAUAGCGAGGACGAAGAAGAGGAUGCAGGCCUUGAAAUUGAUUUGGAUGAGCCUUACAACAUUCUGGAUAACCUGAACAACGAACAAGUCGAAGAACUUCACGAUGAUAUUGAACGAUAUAUGACUUUGGAACAAAACGAUACUAAUAUCAAUUUUUGGACGAACAUGAUGGUCGUAUGCAAGGAUCGACUGGACAGUAUCAAAUCAGGCCAACGAAUGGGUAUUGAAGCUGCCAAAGUGGUUGAGAACGACAUCGCAGCUCUACUUUCAGGAAAAACUUACAAUGAGCUUGCCUCGCUCCAGCGUCAGAUACAGAAUAAACUUACUAGUGGAGAGCCGGUCGAUACAGAUUAUUGGGAAGCUUUACUCAAAAAAAUAUUGGUAUGGAAAGCCAAGGCCAAUCUGAAGAGUUUGCACGAGGUAGUAGUGCGUAAUCGCCUUGAACAAUUACGCAAACGUCAAAGAGACGAAGCUCUGCUAGCCCAAGAAGAAUUACUGGCAGGGGUCGCCAAAACUGCUUCAUCCGGUCCUGUUCCCAUCCCAGAACCCACGGUCACAUUGGAACCCGAGACGGCUUUGAUCGAGCCCUAUGAUCGUUCUAUGAGCCCCACUUUGAUCGAUAUCACCAAGCUACCUACUGAAGAGCGGCAAAUUGAUAUCUUCACUGUAGAUGAAGACCGGCGUGCCCUUAUGAAGCUGCGCAGGACAGUAGCCGCGUCUCGCUUUGUUCCCAAACUUACCCAACCCGAACCGGAAACGCAGGACGAAGAAGCGAUUGCCAGUGGUGCGGAUAUGGCAUCUGAGGCUCUUUACCGAGCCGAAGCUGAGCGAGAGCUUGAUGAGGAAGAAGAAUUGUUCAAUAUGGAAGAAAAUAUUGCCAAUCCAACCUCAUACAACUGGGAAGACAAAUACAGGCCACGAAAGCCGCGUUAUUUCAACCGUGUUCAUACUGGGUAUGAAUGGAACAAAUAUAAUCAGACGCAUUACGAUACGGACAAUCCUCCCCCAAAAGUUGUACAAGGAUAUAAAUUCAACGUUUUCUAUCCCGACCUCAUCGACAAAUCCAAGGCACCCACCUAUAAAAUUGUCAAAGAACCUGGUAACGAUGAAACAGUCCUACUGCUUUUCAGCGCAGGUCCUCCUUACGAGGAUAUUGCAUUUCGUAUUGUCAACCGUGAAUGGGAGUUCUCUCAUAAACGUGGAUUUCGUAGCUCCUUCGAUCGAGGCUGUUUAUCACUUUGGUUCAAUUUCCGUCGUAACUUCUACCGCAAGUAG